AUGGGUGGCGGACCUGCACCAACUUAUACGGGCAAACGUAUACCGAUCAUUCCGGAUGGCGGCUGGGGAUGGGUGGUCGUCUUCGGGUCUUUCAUGAUCCACGUCAUCGCCGACGGCUUCGUCUACUCGUUCGGCGUGGUGGCCGAGAAGCUGAUCGAUGUCUUCAAGUCGGACAACACCAUGUCGGCGAUGACCAUCGCGCUGCUCACCGGGUUGACACUUGGCGCUGGCCCGAUCGCUUCCGCGCUCACGAACAAGUGGGGCUGUCGAACAGUCUGUAUUAUUGGAUCGGUCAUCGCUGCUAUUGGAUGCCUCAUCUCAUCAUGGGCCAACUCGAUGGGCUACCUAUCGGCUAGUGUCGGCAUCAUCAUGGGCUUCGGCUUCGGGUUGAUGUACUGCCCGGCCAUCGUAAUCGUUACCACCUAUUUCGAAAAACGACGCGCCCUGGCCACCGGAAUCACCGUUUGCGGCGCUGGAGUCGGGUCGGCCGCGUUUGGCCCCAUCAACAACUGGGUGAUCCAGAAUUACGGCUGGAGGGCUGUUUUCGUUACCUUUACCGGAGCCAUUCUGACCUGCAUCUUGUAUGGAGCCACCUUCCGUCCGAUCCAAUUCCGCGAGGACAACGACGAGGAGGAGAAGAAGGCCCUCGACGAGUCCAAGGAGGAGAACGGAAACAUCAAGGAAGACGCUGCUCUGUUGUCGCCUCCAAUUGUUGGCGGGCGAUUGCACUCUUCCAGCUCGUCGCAGAUCGAUAAGAGUGGUACCAACUCGCUGAAGGGCUCAAAACACUCGAUUUCGCUCAGCCAAGUUAAUGGGGAACCCCGCUCUCGCUCGGGCACCGUUUCCUCGGCCACCGGAUACCUCCAGAAAAAGGACGUCUUCUACACCGGCUCCGUCCACAACCUGCCCGAGUGCAAGGACAACCCGGAUUACGUCAAGUCUAUCACGUCGUUGAACGCUGGACCCGUCGAGAAUGAGAAGGGUGUCAUCGCCUCGAUGCUGAACUCUGACCUGCUGCGCGACAAGGCCUUCUGGAUCUUUGCCAUCUCGAACCUGAUGACGUCGGUCGGCUUCAACUCGCCGCUCUAUUUCCUGCCCCUCCAUGGCAACAAGGGCCUCGGGCUCACACCGGAAGCCUCGGCUGUCGCCAUCACCUACUUCGGCGUUUUCAACACGAUCGGCCGUCUUCUCUUCGGUUUGAUCGGCGAUCUCGGAGGUGCCAAUGCCGCCCGCAAUCGUAUGCUCAUCUACAUCGGAUCGUUGGCGUUCUGCGGUGUUCUGACCUCCCUCUCCUACCUGUUCAGCAGCUACGCGUUGCUCUGCGCCUACGCUGGGCUUUUUGGCUUGAGCAUUUCCUCGUAUGUUUGCCUGACUUCCGUGAUUCUCGUCGACUUGCUCGGCAUUGAGAAGCUGACCAACGCCUUCGGGUUGUUGCUGUUGUUCCAGGGCAUCGGCACCGUGUUCGGCCCGCCGCUGUCCGGCUACCUGGCCGACAGCUUCAACUCCUACCACCCGGCAUUUAUCUUCUGCGGCGUCAACCUGGCGCUGUCUGGGGUGAUGCUGUUGCCGUUGCUGAAGAAGACGCGCCCGGCCGAACAGGCCAAGCACCUGAUCAGCCCCCAGGUC